GCAUCUUUUUGUUCCAAAGAUGCAUUGACCAAGCCAAACAUGUCCAAUUGGAUAGAAUGUUACAACCCCUGGACCAACAUAUGGCACCACUUCACCAGAAUCCCUGGACUCAAAGAUAACAAUGUCCAAAAGGGCUUCUCUACGGUCUCCAUCGGCGAUUCUCUUUACAUCAUCGGCGGCAAGCUCUGCCACAAGGUCUUUUGCCACGACGAGAUCGGUGAGGUCGAUCUUGAGGUCGUCCUCUCAUCGGUCUUGCGGGAAAAUCCACGUGGUAAUAAGGGUUUUGCGGAGACUGCCGAUUUGGAUGAGGUUCCAUGUUCCACAAUGGCUAGAUGUUCUGCUGAGGUGUAUGAUUCGGAGAAUGCCAAGUGGGAUCUUAUGCAGGGAAUGUGGCAGCUAGAUGUGCCACCUAAUCAAAUCGUGGCCGUUGGAUGCAAGCUUUAUAUCUCUGGAGAUUGCUUGAAUGCUUGGAAGGGGUAUAGGCUGCCAGGAGAGAUCUCGAGAAUGAUGUCAUUUGUCCACGUGUUUGACACUAAGGAGAAAAGCAGCUUUGAUGCCAUGGUUGCGUUGCUAUGCUACCACACGCUUGAUAAAUGAAGAACAUGCCGGAAAGGAAUAUAUCCUCUCUCGCCAUGACUACCUUAAGGAAAUAAAAAAUUAAGAAUUAA